AACGUAAAGACUUUGUCUCCCAACCAUGAAGGCCAGAUACAACAGGAGAGGACAUAUGGAGAAUGUCGUUUUUAAUCAGCACAUCAAGCUGAAAGAUUUGAAAGAGAAAGCUCGACACUUGGAAAACCAAUACAUCCGCAAAGAAAACAUCCCGCCACACCCUCAACCGGAGUUUCAUGUGAGUCAUGUGAGACACGACACAGACAAAGCUGGAUUGCGGGGCAUCAAGAGGGAUCGCGGCUUCAAGAACCCGUUCGAACGCUCUCUGCUGUGGUGGAGUCUGGUUGUUGGACCUGAUGAGAUUAGGUCAGCUGAGAGGAGGCUCCUGGAGACCACCUACCCAGACCGGACGGAGGAGCAGGCCCAGAGGCAGCAGAGCUUCCUGGAGGAGUUUGCCACCUCUCCGGCCUUCAACAAGACCUCCAGGCUGGGCUCGUACCGCUUCACAUUCCCCCUGAAGGAGCUGCUGACGGCCUACAGCGAGCAGUUUUGCCAAGGCGCUCCGCCCGUCAUGCGGGUGUUAAGGACCGUCCUGUACAAACUGGAAGUGAUGUACGUUGUGGUGGUCAACAGUCCGGCCAAUCAGAAGGAGUUCUCAGACUGUCCUUUGCUGACUGACGACGACCCAAACGCUGUCUGCACUUACAAGGAUAGCCGCUUCAUCUGGAGGGCUGAGGCCAUGUGUGAGACACACAGCUAUAAGUUGGUCCAGAGACCUGAAGAAAAGCAGAUGGGAGCACAGCCUGUGGGGUAUAACCCUCAGUUUUAUGUGUGGGAUCAUGUCGCUGUCGCCCUGCAUGUGAAGAAUAAGGUGCUGAACUUUGAUCCCAUCCGACUGAGAGAGAACCUCAAGUUCUGCCGUGCAGAAAAGCCUGGAUUGAUACGUGGUGUCAGAUUUGAAGACUUCUCACAAGCUGAAGAAAAUGUUAAAGGAUUGUGGCCUGACGAUCCCGCACCACUGGAGAAGGAUGAAUAAAUGAAUUAAUUUUUAAAAUUCUAAAAAUAAUUUAUUUUAAAUUAUAAUUAUAAAUUAUUUUUUAUUUAUUUAUUUUCCUGCUCUAUGUGGAUGCACACGAUGCCAUUAUUUAUAUUUUAUUUUAAUUAUAAUGUUUGUUUGACGAACUGCAGAGGUGUGGACUCGAGUCCUCAUUAUUUAAAAUUAUUAAAUCAUAAUACAGGAAGGUGUGAAUUUUGUAAUCAAGAAGAAACAUUAGAACACGUUGUGCUUUACUGUCUAUUGAAUCUGGAUGAAAUAAAGUUGGGAUAUGAUUUACGUGAUCUCUUA